AUGACUCAGAACAACACCGGAAUACCUCUUUCGUUCUCUCACAAUCUUGCGCCAAUCCGUUUGAUUGAGCUGCCCCCAGCGCUGCUAUCCUUGCUCUCAAACACCAACUCUCCGCCCACGCUACAAAUUAAAGCUUCAUCCGCCCCAACAGACACCCACUCAACCAGUAAUCACGCCGUUCUCACUACACCAACACAAACCUUCUCCCUCCGCCAGGUCUACUCCUCCAACUCCCUCCUUCUCCUAAAGCCCUCCACCACCACCGGUCUAAACGUCGUUUCCACGGCUAAUAGCUACAUGGAGCUCAUUCCAACCAUCCACAAUGCCAAAGAUCUGAUUCUGAAACACAUCCCCGUAUUCCCUCCACCCGCUGAUGUCACCCCCAUCACUCGUACGGAAAUCCUCGCCUCCCUCCCCGUCUCAAACGGCGAGUUCGACGCCGCCUGGAGGGGCCUCCACUGCUUCACCUGUCCCAAGGGCUUUGCGUACCGCCCUCUGCCCUCGGCAGUUCUUCAGACGUUGAAGACGAUCGAGCUAGUCAACUCUGCGGGUGAUGACGGCAUUGAGCUGAGCAAGUUCAUGCCAGAGGACCUUGUAGAGGCUAUAGACCGCUACUUUGCCUCACUCCAUGAUGAGGACGAUGAGGAUGACGAUGAGGAGGUUGAGCGCUGUAUCCCUGGCCUCGUAGAGGCCGUACUAUUAGAAGUCGGCUUGGCCAAUUGCAGGAUGGGGUCAUGCAUGUCAAUAUGUGAAAGUACAUGGAUGGCAUGGCUUGGAAGAUUGGUUUUGGAGGAUUGGGCUUUAAAGAGUAAAGGCGAUAUGCUUUAUGCCUCGUUCAUGACAAAGUGGAAGCAGGAGGCCCCGGAUUGGUGUUCGGCAAUCGAAUGCGAGUUGAAGAACAUCGAGGGAUGGUACACUCUUCCGACUCCUAACACGAUUCGUUUUGCUCCGGGAGGCGAUGCUGUUGCGGUUGAGGUUGAGGUGCCAAAGCCGCAGAAAAAGAACAAGUGGCACGAGAAAUUCGGGAAGGGCAAGAGACGUUGA